GCUAAUGCUGCCAGCACAGGCACCCAUGGUUACAGUCGUUAAGAGAAAUGAUUGACUUUAUUUCCCACUAAUCAGCAACGGCGUUGCGCCCUCAAGCCUGCCCACAUGCCUCGGCCCCGACCAAUGGGCGGCGGGUAGUGCUACAUCCGGGUGAGUGGAAGCUCGCUGGACGCGAGUGAGGACUUCUCUCCGAAGCCGAAGCAAAAUGGAUGGUCGUUAUUCAGGUUCAUAUGGAAACUGGAAUGCUGAUUCAUCUGGCGCAGGCUACGAUGACUAUGGCUAUGGACAAGGCUCUGGAUCAAACUAUGGCUAUGGUGGCAAAUCAUGGGACUCUCAUAGAGGCAAUGCUGGCCAAAAUUCUGAAUCCAUCGUUGCUAAAAUUAACCAACGGUUAGAUUUGCUUUCCCACAACGACACUGACGAACAGGAAAGGUUUGCACCUUUCGAGUCCUAUGACUCCAGGUCUUCACUGGAUGACCGUGAUCUGUUCAGAUCCGGCUUCGAUUACAGUGAAUAUGGACCUAAUCGUAAUGAUUCCUAUGGAGGUCGUUUUGACCGCUUUGACUACUCCACCAGGAACCGCAGGGAUUAUUUCCGCUACAGAGGACGUGAUGGCUCUGGCAAGUUUCGGGGUCAGAACUGGUCUAGAGACUGGAUGCCAAAUAACAGACCUUACCGUAAUGACUCCUUCUCAUCGUCAAGUUCUGAGCGACUCUCUGCCUGCUGGAAUGAGAUGUCAUAUGGAAUGGGUGGCAGGGGCUAUGCUGCACCCCCCAGGAAUCUCCCUUCGCUCUUCUCCCAGGCCUUAACCUCUGGUUAUGGGCCAUAUGGCAUGCAAGGAAUGGGAAAACAGUUUGGGGGUCUCAGACAGCGAAGGAGAGACUGGAAUCGGUUCAGAGGUAGGAGAGGUAGAGGUGGAAUAAUAGGUGGAAUGAAGAGGAAGCAAUCAACUGGAAGCAAUGAUGAACCAGACUUCAAAAUGUCAAGAACAGACCAGUCAGAUUAUUCAGACAGUGAAGAAGAAGAAAGGGAGGCAGAUGAUGAUGAUGUUGAAGAUGCUGCUGCUGGUGAUGCAUGUGCUAGUUUUGAGGAUAAAGAUUCAAGUGACAGCCCUGAAAAGGAGAAAAAGGAAACUGCUGAGGGUGAAGAUAAUGAGUCCAAGAAAUCUGGUGACCUACAAGAGGAAGCUAGUGACAGUAAGAAGAAGCUAUAUAACAAGGAGAAACCAAAGAAGAAACAGCGGGAUCGUAUUACAGAAAGGAUAAUGUACGUCUGCUCAGUUUGCAAGUUUCGCACCUUUGAUGAUGAUGAAAUUUUCCCCCACUUGGAAAGUAAAUUCCAUAAGGAAAACUUCAAAUUCAUUGGGACCAAGCUUCCCAAACAAACAGCUGAGUUUUUGCAUGAAUAUAUUCUAAACAAGAAUAAAAAGACCCUAAAGUUCCGUGAUGCAAUGGAAGAUAAAAAUGCAAUUAAAAAAAGGAUCCAGGAACAAAACUUGUUGCAUGGUAUUAGUAUUGACAAUUUCAUGAAGAAGGUGGAAGCUGUUCACUGUACGGCUUGUGAAAUGUUCAUUCCAAUGCAGUACAAUGCUAUCCAGCGACACAUGAAGGCACCUGAUCACAACAGGAAUAGAAAAAUGAUGCUUGAGCAGUCAAAGAGGAGUGGCCUUCAAGUAGCAAAGAGUAUACUGAAUAAUCGAAAUAUUGUGAGCAUGUUGGAUAAAUAUCUUCAGGGUGAGAAUCCGUUUACUGAAGAUGCUAAGGAUGAUGAAGAUGGUGUUGAUGACCCUAUGAAGGGUGAUGGACUAAAUCAGAGCAUUAAAUGUGAAAAUGAUGGAGAUAAAGGUGAAACUCCAGAAGCAGAGGGGGCAGAAGAUCCGGAGCUGGGGGCAGAAGGAAGUGAAGGUGGCAAUGAAAUUGUCAAUGCACCAGAGACUGUCGUAGAGCCAUCUGAGAGGGAGGUUGGUGUCACUGAAGAACCUGAAUCCAGUUUGACAGCAGAUCAGGAUGGUGAAGAAUCCCUUCCAGCAGGUAAAGAUCCUGAAGUAUCUCUCUCAGUUGAAGAUGAAGAGAACAUCUUGGAAGUUGGUGCUGGAGAAAAUCCUGAUGAGUCUUCUCCAGGUGAAAAUGAUGAUGCAGAAGAGUCAGAAUAAUUCUCAUACAAAUAGAUAUUACUCUUUGUUUCCUCUCUCCUGGCAUUAAAUUCUCUAACUACAUUGGAUCUGAAUCAAAGAAAUGUUAUUUUAGUUGGCAAAGAUUCCUAUAUGUUGUUAGGACAUCCUGCAUUUGGGGCAGUUCCUUGCUAUAACUGUCCCAAAUCCGGGACGGCUCUCUACUUCCUGGCUUUGUCUAACUAUUUUUAUGUGAAAUGCUGUUUUCUGUGAAAGUGCUUUGUGAGUGCAUUUACCCUGUUACCUUCUAAAAAAUCUUCCAGAGUAAGUGACGUUGACUUCUGCGCCACGCUCAGGGUGUGCACAGAACAUUGUGGGAAUGGUUUGUCUUGGUUAAUUCUUUGUUUUUACAGAAGAAAAUUCAGAAGUGAGAUCUAUGGACACUUGCAUGAACAUGGGGAUUCUUUUCCUACACAGCAUAAAAGAAUCUGUAGUUCCCUGUGUUUAGUAGCAUGGUAUGACUCCUCAAAACUGUCUGCUUGUGUCUCAGUCUUUGGAUUGAAGAUGAUGAAGGGGGCUUCACUAAAGCAGGUUGCUUCAGGAAAAAUUUGCCUGGUAACGCUUAGUAUUCUCACAUUGCCUUUAAAGGUGAACAGAAGUUGCAUUGUGCAAUCAAACUUCUGACAUUUGCUCAUCCAAAAAUUUAAAUGAAACACAACUUAUUGGAGAUGUGACAGAACAUAUGUUUUCAGUUGGUAUUUUUGACUAAAAGUUGAGUUUUGCUUUGAGUUUUGGCAAUACCAUCUGGGUACUGAUGGAGUGUAAUGUUUGUUUUACUACUGGAAAGAGGAGGAGUUGCUUAACUUCUGGAAAUAAUUGUAUACAAUAAAAUAAUAUUAAACCCUUUUUAUAAAUGUU